AUGGCGUCCCUCGGCAGUGAUGAGUGGAGAGCUGUCUGCGACAAAUUCACCAACGCCCAAAACCUCACUGAUGUUGAAUCACGAAAAGACCCAGACAACGACCCCUUCCGCUCCAAAUACAAGGCCAGAGAGCUUCUCCGGGAGAUUUACUGCUCACUGAAGAAUUUCGAGGCCGGGGACGGCGAGGACGACAGCGGCGGUGAGAGCGGCGACCAGCGGCCGACAGAGCCGCCUGUGGACGGGCAGAGGGAGGAUGUGUUCGAGCAGGGCUUCAGCGGCGACUCGCCAGCCGGGCUGCGGGCCGCCAAACUCGGGGCUGUGGAGUACUAUCUGGGCGUCAACCAUGUCGACACAGAGGAGCUGUCAGCCGGCCAGGAGCAUCUGAUGAACUGCAUGAAGCUGCUGGAGAGAUGCAGAGUGUCGUCCGAGAAUGUGUCUCUGUUCAUCCAUGUCAGGAACCAGCUGGGCAUCCUUUGGGCAGGCCGGGAUGAGACGGAGACGGCUCGGGGAUUUCUCGAAACAGCAGAAUCCAUCUACCAGCGUUACAUGAAGGAGGAUGGAAGUCCUCCCACUGAUAUGACAGAGUACUUUACCACUGAGGAGAAGCUGCUGACUCAUCAGGAAAGGACCAAGAGGUUUGAGUUGGCGUACACCCACACUAUGUACUAUCUUGCUCAAGUCUACAAAAACCUUGGUGAAACUGAGCGUGCUGCCACCUACUGCCACAGCACCCUGCAGAGACAGUUACAGUUGAAUCAGUUCAGUCCAAUGGAGUGGGCUCUGAAUGCUGCUACACUGUCACAGUAUUACAUCACUAAGGGUCGAUACAUGGAAGGCAGACACUGCCUGGCAGCAGCUACUGUCAUAUCAGGUUUGGCAGGAGAGGUUCCCUCUGAGGCCGCAGCACAGGAGAGCGAGACAGAGUGUGAACGCAGGGAACAGCUCAGACAGAAGAGAGCAGAGAUCGCAAGAUGUUGGAUCAAAUACAGUCUCAACCUCCUGCAGGAUGCUAAGAAGUUGCUAGAGGACAACAUUGGGGAGCUGGAUAGUGAUCGGCAAGAGGAGUUGAAGAGAGCGAGGAGACGCGAGGAGGAGGAGGAAGAGAAGGGCAGGAAGAGUGCUCUGCUGUUUGGCUCUGAAGACACGUUUGACUCCAUUGCUAGCCUUGAAGAGAAGGUGCCCUGUUUGUUGCCGCUGGACUUCACUGAGGCCAGAGCUGUAUUUCUAGUGGGACAGAAUUAUGUCACACAGGCCAAAGAGUACUUUCAGAUGGACGGUUAUGUCACAGACCACAUAGAGAUUUUGCAGGAUCACAGCUCUAUGUUCCGGGGCCUGGCUUUCUUUGAAGAGGAUCUGGAGCGGCGCUGCAAAAUGCACAAAAGAAGAGUUGACAUGCUGGAGCCAAUCUGCAACGACUUGAACUCCCAGUACUACCUAAUGAUCCGCAGACAGAUGAUGUUUGAGUUGGCUGAGACCUACAACGAAAUGAUGGACCUGAAACUGACACUGGCCAACAGACAAGCAGACACAGAGUCUCUGGAUAACCACACCAUUAAGAAAUUCAACACUCUCUGCUCCGCCUCUGCCAAAUACUUCCAGAUGUUCCUCGACUCUCUGUGCUCUCCAGAGGGGAAGUCUCCAGAGCACCUGGAGGAGGAGGUGCUCAGACCAGCUCUGGUGGCCCGCUUCAGAGUGGCCCGACUCCACAGCCAGCUGAUUUCCUCUAUACCCACUGUGCAGCUCGACAAUCUCAACCGAUCUCUGGAAAACUACAAAUAUGUGGUGGAGUACUGUGAUGCCCACCCCGAAGCAGUGGCCGCUGUGGAGACGGAGCUGGAGUUGAGCAGGGAGAUGGCCGGCCUGCUCCCUCUCAAAAUCAACCGCCUCAAAGCACGAAUGGCUGCUAACAACUGAAGACAAAAUCUAGCAACUUACAGUCGAUGGACACUCCCACCAGUUGGACAAACUGUAUUAUGAACUGUCUUGCACAUCUGCAUUUGUUAUGGCCUUUUUUUUUUGUGAAGUGGGCCUGCUGCUUUCACAAGACCUUUUAACAGAUCACUUGCUGUAAAUAUGUGCUCUCGGCUGUGUGUACUUGUGUGGUCAAUUUACACUUUAGUUCAGGUGGUACAUCAAAUAUACACUUAUCGAAAUUAAUAUGAAAAUGUUUAAUCUGAUUCCUACUUUUUUUUAUUGUUAACCAUAUUGGUUUUUGUUUAAUGUGGUUUUGCUUCAUCACACUAAAAAAUUGGUGUCUUCAGCUACUUUUAUAUCGCUGGUGAUAAACAAUAGGCCGCCAGAGCCACAGACAGUACCCGUGUGAACUGUCAGAAACAUCCGUUAUUAAGUGGACUUGAUAAUCUGCAUGAUGCCAACUAAAUCUAGUAGAAUCUGUGUACUUUCUUCCUGUCUAAGGAAUCGCAGUGUCAUCUUGUUUCGUCUCCUGUAGAUAUUGUAUGAACGGAUAAUAAACUAAAGAAGUAAGACACAUUUUAGUUGAUACCAAUGUGUGUUCUUUUUUUUUUUUACUUGCAUUAAGAAGCUGGGUGUAAAAUGUUUCCUGUCCUUCUCAUGUUUAUCUCCAUGUAACAGGAGUGCAGAGUUGAUUUAAUGGCUGUCAAGUAAAAGACUAAAAUCAUC